AUGUGGCUGUACCUGGCAGCCCUCGUGGGCCUGUACUACCUCCUGCGCUGGUACCGGGAGAGGCAGGUGGUGAGCAACCUCCGAGACAAGUAUGUCUUCAUCACGGGCUGUGACUCAGGCUUCGGGAACCAGCUGGCCAGGCAGCUGGACCUGCGAGGCUUGAGGGUGCUGGCCGCGUGUCUAACGGAGAAGGGGGCCGAGCAGCUGAGGGACCGGACGUCAGACAGGCUGGAGACGGUGAUCCUGGAUGUCACCAAGACAGAGAGCAUCGCUGCAGCCACCCAGUGGGUGAAGGAGCGCACGGGGGACAGAGGCCUAUGGGGUUUGGUGAACAAUGCCGGCAUUGGUGUGCCAGCUGCCCCAAAUGAAUGGCUGACCAAAGAUGAUUUCUCAAAAAUCUUGAACGUGAACUUGCUUGGCCUCAUCGAAGUGACGCUGAGCUUUCUUCCCCUGAUCAGAAAGGCCAGGGGAAGAGUAGUCAAUGUUUCUAGUCCAACUGGGAGACUAUCUGUGUUUGGUGGCGGCUACUGCAUUUCUAAGUAUGGCGUAGAAGCUUUUUCUGACUGCCUGAGAAGAGAGCUGUGUCCUUUUGGAGUUCGUGUUGCUAUCAUGGUACCCGGGAGCUUUAAAACAUCCAUUUGCCCUGACAAUAUAGAGGAUAUAUUCAAGGGAAUCUGGAGUCGAGUGUCCCCAGAGGUGAAGAAGAGCUACGGAGACAAGUACUUCAAAGGCUAUUGCCAGUAUUUUAAUAAACUCACAUCUCAAGGACAGAAGAAUCUAACCCCGGCCACCGACUGCAUGGAGCACGCCCUGACUGCCGUCUACCCUCGGAUCCGCUACUCUGCUGGCUGGGACGCCGCAAGCUUCAUUCUCCUGUCUUAUUUACCAGCAUCUGUGGCAGACUUUAUUCUUAGUCUUUCUUCAAAUGUGGUCAGGCCUGCUGAUGCUGUGUAG